AUUCACGUAACGUCAGAUCCUUCUGUUCACAUCUUGGUCAUAUGGUCGUGACAUGACGUCUUUAACAAAGCCAUGAUGUUCCAGUGUGUUUCAGUGACUGCUGUGCUGAGCUCUGCACCAUCAUUACAUCGUUAGCUUAUUAGUUACUAGUCUGGCAGGCCGUGCUGGAAGCGGAGGUAUAAUCAUUAUGCAGAUUUUGGAGCAAUGCUUUUUAUUUUUAUAUAUAUAUACCGAAUACUUUGACCCUACUCUACAUCAUUUGCUGAACUACGAUUCCCAGAGUUCCUUGCGGCAGGAGGAUUUAAAGCGGUCGCCCCCUAUCUCGGUUAUGUAAUAUUUAAUGGAAUCUGUAAGAUGGCAUCUGCUGAAGGCUUUGACAGUGUUGAAAAGUUGAUUACUCUUGAUAGAACAGAUUUGCAAAAUGGUUUGAAGGAUGAAAAUUGUCAGACAGAAGAGGAACAGCUCUCAAUGGAUUUUCUUAGUUUACUUGAAAUCGAUUCAGAUAAUGACAGUUUAAAUUCUUUGCCACAGGAAAGUGGGAAAUGGUGUUCGAGAAAUGUUUUAAGGAAGCAGAGGCACUGGGAAAAAAUCACAGCAGCCAAAAAAUGUAAAAGAAAACAAGAAAAGGAAAGAAGAAAAGCAAAGAAUGCCCAGGAUUUACAAAAAGGAGCAACUGAGCAGAAGCAUAGUAAGAAAUUUCUGAAAGCUUUGACAAAAGAGCACCUGCUGGAAGCAAAAGAUUCAGGUCCCAGACUUUGCAUCGAUUUGAGCAUGACCCAGCACAUGACCAAAAAGGAAAUAAGUCGUCUUGCAGCCCAGAUCAGAAGGCUCUAUGGAUCAAACAAAAAAGCUGAAAAACCAUUUUGGCUAUACCUGACCAGUUUUGUUGUAAACGGUCUACUAUAUGAUGAAUGUGUGCGAAUGAAUGAUGGCUUUGUCAAUUAUCUUGUAGAUACUACGGAAAACAGCUUUCUUGACGUAUUCCCAUUGGAAACUGUUGUUUAUCUUACCCCUGAUUCGGACAAUGCUCUUGAAGAUGUUGACCCAGAAAAGGUUUAUGUGAUUGGUGGUUUGGUGGAUGAAAGUGUCCAGAAGAAACUGACAUACCAUAAAGCUAAAGAUCAUGAACUUCAGACUGCACGACUGCCAAUUCAAGAGUAUAUGGUUAAAAAUAUUAAUAUGAAGAACUUCCAUUCUGAGAUUCUAGCAAUCAAUCAAGUCUUUGAUGUGUUAUCCACAUAUUACAGAACCCGGAGUUGGGUAGAAGCCUUGCAAGCUGGAGUUUCACCUGGAAAGGGCUAUGUUCUUCGAAACAAAACCACACUAGAAGAGAUAUAGGAUUCCAAAAAUAUGCUGUGAUUUUUACCAAAUCUAACUUAUUUUUCCCAAAUCUAACUUGUUUUGCCAACCUGACUGUCCCUUCUUAACCUGUCUGUCAGUUAGAGUUUCUAAUGGACUCAUAUGGCACAAAUAUGGCAGCCGGAGGGGGUAAGAAAGAUAAUAAAAAAGCCUCGGGCAAAUAA